CUCUCCUAAAAGGGAUUUUCCUGAACUUAAAAACUGCUGGCUUUGUACAGGUUUUGUUCCAUUAACGGUUCGCUUUCAGGACUGCCGAUCGCGGCGUCGGUAAGUACAAGCUAAGAAAACUGUUAGAAAAUAAACGAGGCCUUCAACCACACGUCACAAUCACGGGCGUGCUCAACCAGCGCUGACGACUCCCUUUGAGUCAAUAUAACCAAUAUUACAAAUGACUUUAGAAGCCCUGCUUGCUACAGAACCACGUGCUCCGCUUCUUAUUGGUCUGCCGCGACAGCCCCCUUCCCGUUUAGUUAAAAACUCCAGUCUCCAGAGUCCCCUGCGGACGGGAGGCGGGACGAAGCUAUCCAUUGGUCUACUUUUUCACUACGUUGGCUAUGAUUGCUCAGUGCUAUGGACAGUGCAAUCACCUUGUGGCAGUUCCUUUUGCAACUCCUCCAGGAGCCUCGGAACAAGGGAAUCAUUUCUUGGACCUCCAAUGAUGGAGAGUUCAAGCUUCUGCAGGCAGAAGAGGUGGCCCGCCUCUGGGGAAUCCGUAAGAAUAAGCCCAGUAUGAACUAUGAUAAGCUCAGUCGUGCUCUCCGAUAUUACUACGUGAAGAAUAUCAUCAAAAAAGUAAAUGGUCAAAAGUUUGUUUACAAGUUUGUAUCUUAUCCAGAGAUUCUAAAUAUGGAUCCACUAUCAGUCGGCAGAACUGAAGGUGAUGAUGAAACCCAGGCACACUUUACAGAUGCUACCAGCAGUGCCAAGGACUCAGAGAGUGGUGGGAAGGAGAAGCAUCAGUCUUGUGCAAAGUCCUCUAGUCGCAAUGAUUAUAUCCACUCAGGCCUCUAUUCUUCAUUCACCUUGAAUUCUUUGAAUUCCUCCUCUUGUAUAAAACUUUUUAAACCAAUCAAGAUGGAGAACCCCAUUGAGAAGUUGGCAGAGAAAAAAACCUCUCAGGAUCCAACACCAUCAGUUAUAAAAUUUGUGACUGUGUCCUCCAAAAAGCCUGCAAUAUCUCCCCUGCCCUCUACCACUCAACCAACAUCUGGUGUUUCAGCUGCCUCUACCCUUCCUUCUGGUUCAGAUGAAGGUCUUCAAGCCUUGGAGUCUUUAGUAGCACCAAAAGUGGCUCCCACUGAAACAACAGCAUCCUUGCCAAAUUUGACCACCAGUUUCACCCCUACGCCUCCUUCAACCUCGGUCUCUCCUACUCUUCAGGUUCCUUCUAAGUCUCCUUUGCCACCUUUAAAUUCUAACCCUGAUCAGGUUAUAGAUACAGAUACAGACACUGAUUCUUGCCAGCAGUCACAGCAGUCUGAGAAUCCAGUCCUGGAGGUGAAGGAGCAGGGUUCUGCCACACUAGAAAAGGAGCUCCGUCAUAGCCGAACUAGAAAGCCCAAAGGGCUGGAGAUUGCUCCCACUCUGCUAAUUACUGGCAGUGACCCAAGUCCAUUGGGAAUAAUAAGCCCUUCUCUCCCUACUGCUUCUCUUACACCAGCACUUUUCUCACAGACACCUAUUUGGCUGACUCCAAGCCCCUUGCUGUCCAGUAUCCAUUUCUGGAGCACUCUUAGUCCAGUUGCUCCUCUCAGUCCAGCAAGACUGCAAGGUGCUAAUACCCUGUUCCAGUUUCCAUCGGUGCUGAAUACUCAUGGACCAUUUACUGUGUCAGGAAUGGAUGGGCCCUCUACUCCUGGGCCUUUCUCCCCAGACUUGCAGAAGACAUAGUGUAUGACGUUCUUCGAAGAAGACGGAUUAAGAAAUAAGAAGAAGUGUCAUUAAAAAGAAGUGAUGUAACCCAGUUUUUAAGGAGUGGUUUGUAAUUCCACAGAGGCAAUAUAAUCUGACUUGAUUUUUGCCAUUCCUCGCUCAGAUGCCUUUGCAAAAAAAUCCCUUCAAGGCAUAAGGGAAUUUGUUCAGAAAUGCCUUAAUUGGAGACUGCUCUCCAUAGUCUCUCCUCUCCCUUGCUGCUUUUGGCAUAAGAAGCUUUUUGUUGGUAAAGGGAAUCUAAUUUUCUGGAAAUGCUACGAUUGAAUCUGCAGUAAUGGAUAUGACUGACACAACGUCCCUUUCGAUGGAUUACUGUCCAUGUCUCCACCUUUUGUUUUUUAUUCUUAAUCAUUACUGGCAGCUGCCAUUCCAAGAAAUACUUGGAAAAUGUUUUUCUUUAAGUUUUCUUUUAAUCUAAUACAGGAAUAUAGCAAGAAAACUGUAUGUCUCUGUAAGGAGAAACUUUAUAUGUGCAUAUUAUGGUAGCAUAGAAGAGAAUUGAGAGCCAGCAUGGUGUAGUGGGGUGAACGUCAGAAUAGGAUUCAAGAAACCUGAGUUUGAGUCCUUGGCUGGGCUAUGGAAAGUCACUGGGGGAUGGAUGGCAAUGGUAAAACCAGUCCUUAAACAUCUCACAUACUCUGGAUACCCUGUAUUAGAUUAAAAUCUUACCUGUUGGGGUUGCCACAAGUAAGAUGUGAGUUGCUGUCAGAUAACAGAAAAGAAUGAGGCAGUCUUUUGAAGUAACUGAUUAUCAAUAUAGAUAUUUUAGCUAUAUAUCAUUCAGCAAAAAUGUCAUUUGAUUUCCCAAGAACCUUGUGCUGUUCUGUAAGAUUGGACAAUACAGAGAUGAACUGGUUGUAGAACUGAAUUGCUUUAAUCUUGUAUAAAUAUUUAAAAGCUUUAAGUGAAAGAUUAUUAGUUAGAAAAAAAGUUCCCCUGAAAUCUAAUAGAGAAGAACUUUAAUGAGCAAACAAUGGUAAUUGAGGAACCUUGUAGUGACUGUGUUAUGACAUUGGAUGUACUAGGUGUGACAUUGUCGUGCUGCUUGAUUAUGUUUUGUGGGAAGUAAGUGUUUAUAUUUUAGUCUUCCCCCCUCCCCCAACAAGUGAGAUAUCCAAAGAAGAUGCCUCUCGGGGCCCAGGGUGUCUUUGAUUAUCCGUUUCUUUUAGUCUAAGUGAGAACUGAACUAACUGUUUGAAUGUGUAGAUGCUCCUGACAUAUCGUGUAACGGCUAGGAAGUAUUGCCAUUGAUGAAGAAAGCAUGAGUGGAAAAGGCAGGUUGGCUUCAGCUACUUGAAGUCUGAAAGAGCUAAAAUCAUAUUUCAGGCUGCAUUUCACUUUGUGGUAGCACUGAAUGAUCUCUUCAACAUAAUAUAGCAAUUCUGUUAGUCUUUGGAAAUCGUUGGCUUUGCUAUGCUGGCUUGCUGAUGUAGAAGUACAUCAGCAAGCCAUUGUAGCAAGCCAUCUAUGAUAAGAAGUGGAAAGUAUAAUGUUAAAUUUGGAUAACUGUGUGUACCACUAGAAGUUCCCCCUCAGUAGAAAGAGAUGUAUGCAAAAGCUAGAGUAUUUCUAUAGCGAUAUAACAGUUACUUUCUCACUUGGCAGGUGCUGCGUCCAUCUGUCAUGUCUUUAAAAGCACCUUAGAACUUGUAGAAAGAGUGAUUUAAGUGUGGCCAUCCAGAUGUAGAGCGUGCUCCUCCACUUUACCCAGCCAUUUUCAGUGUUCAGGAAUGCUGAGGAUUGCAUUACAAGAACAUCUGGAGGGUUUUGCUCACUCCUGCACUUGGCCCACCCCUUACUUUUGUAGCCUUCCCCCCUCCCUAAAGUUAAGAUGAAGCACAGGAGUUUUGCCAGAUAAUGCCGUGUGGCUAUUGGUGGUGGUGGGAGCAUUAACCUUCUGCAGUGAGAAUGUGAUUCACAUCUCCCCUGACAGUUGUACUGGUGUUGGCUGGUAGAAUUUUCAGCGGCAGAGACGUUGAAAAAAAAACCACAACUUUUUGAAAUGAUGAAUAGUAGAUUUAAGAGCACUUUCAGUCCUGUGCGCCACGUGUAUCCCAUCUUUAAGACAAGUGGAUUCUCAUAUGCUAUCAUAUGGGAAUUCCUCAUGUCUAGGUUCAUUUCCAAGUGUGCACUUGUGACACUUCUGCAAGGCUGAGUAUCUGACAAGAGAAGAUGUCCUAGAUAGGAAUUUUGUCUGCCUUGAAAUCUAUAAACUUGGUCCUUUCUAGCAUGUGUGAUACAACUCUACAACCUCUCUUGAGAACAGAGUCCCCCCCAAAAAAGUUACUGAGCUGCCCUUCCAAAAGCACUCCUUUAAAAAAAUCUGAUGAGAGAAAAGGGUAGAUAAUGUAGCAGAUAGCCCAAAGAAAGACAACAAACAAGUGUGCUCUGUUGCUUGCAGUAUGUUGAUGGCUCCUUUUCCAAGACAUGAUCAGAUAGAUAUCUGGAAGGCUCAGGCCUGUUGCGCCUAAAUUGAAUGUGCAAUAUUUCAUAGAUUAUUUCUAGUGUAAACAUGCAGAAAAACAGCUGUAGGUGGUAGGUGAGGUAGUCCUUGGAUAUUCUCAUGUUUACCUAAUGGUUGUCUGCUGCCUCCAGGGCCAAAUUAAUAGCAGUUUUUAAGGACGUGUCUGCUUUUUGUUUUACAUUUGUUCUUAAGUACUAAAAAAGUGGUAAUUAAACUGCUUUUCCCUUACUGGAAAAGGACAGGCAUUCUUUAUUGAAAUAUUGUACUUUUGUAUGUGACUUGCGAUGCACCUGUGCAGUACAUAUAUUUAGGUGAAUUGAAACAUGGAUCGUCUUGGUAUCAGUUUGGUUUAACCUGGUUUCAUAAUGCAGCACCACCUUUUUCAAAGAAAAUGCACCAUGGAUUGUUAGUUGAUCACUAUGGGUUAAAGUAUUAGUAUUGCUUUUUUUCCCAGCAAGUUUAUGGAGCUGCCUGGAUUCAUUCUAUGGGGGCUUUAUACGCUUUAUCUGUGUCCUUCUGCUUCAUCCCUUGUCAAUCACAGUAAACAUUUUCCUUGGUGGAUGCUAUCCCUUUAGAAUCAGGAACUGCUGGGAGCUCACUUCACCCUAAGGAUAUUGUAUGGUAUUGUUUUGGCAGAGUUGUACUGUGCCUCUACAACUAAAGAAUUUUGUGUGGCUUUCAGAAGAUCUUGUUACAUUGUGCAACUGUUGCCUAAAGAGCUUCUAUGGGAACUUUGUACAUUAGGACUGCAGUAGCCACAGGGAAUUGGUUCCAAGUCCCUGAUCCCCGUAGAUGCCGAAGUCCAUAGAAAUAGUGAACUCUCUCUAUAGCAUUGUCUCUGAUUCCCUCUAGUUAGCAGUUCUGGUAAUUACAUCAUGGAAAUACAUUGGGGUGUG